UUUUAGUCAGUGUUGGCGUGCCGAAACGCAAUCACGUGUCCAAAGAUCCUUUUGGGGGAGAUGAAGUUUAAAAUGACAAGAGACAUGUAUAUUUGAUAGGCCGGUCUUUGUCAUUAAUUAUUUUUUUUGUUUGGGUGGAAAAAAUGAUAGAUUUCAAGAUGCGUUUAUUCGUACAAUGAAAAGAUAGAAUUUUUAUUCAUUAAAGUUUUUCAUUUUUUGGCCACAAUAUUAUAACAGGCCAAAGCGAAUACAAAAAGGGAUUGUGCAAUUUUCGGUUUUUAGAAUUUCUCUAUUUUACCAAAUUUCAUUUCGACUGUUUUUCGCUGCUUCAAUUUCUUUGACAAAUGAUACAACACAAUUCUCGCGGCAGCGAAGGAAGGAACGUCUCAACCUGAAGAGAAGUAGGUGGAGAGAGAAAAUAUGGGAAAAGGCGAUAAGAAAGGUAUCGUGCAGCGUAGCGACGCUGGAUCCAAUCUCGUGGGGAAGUUUACUCAAAGCGUCAGGAGAAUCGUGCAGGAUGUCAAGGAUGAGGGAACCGCGAGUGGUCAAACAAAAGAGGAAAUAAUCGAAACUAACGAAAGACUAAGAGCUGUAAGAAUACGUCUUGAUGGAAGUUACGACACUGCAAAACGAGCUCUUGUGGAGCUUAUGUGCAAAUACACAGAUAGUAAACAAGUUCGCAAUAUUUUUCAACGUUACAAUUUACUGAAAGUCAUGAUUAAGGACGUAAUCAAGUUGGAGACUCAGUAUUGGACGUUAGUGGAUAUACCGAGGCAAGAAAAACAGGAAACAGUGCCAGCUUUUGUCCUGAGAGCUUGCGCUAUUAUGGAGAAAACCCAUAAAAGUGGAGAAGGUGUGAAGACAACGGCACGACUCGCGGAAGAAGCGGAAAGCAAAAGAGAACGCAUCGAACGUCUUGAAGAUAUGACAAUGGCACAAAUUGAAGCAGAAAACACACAAAUGACCAAUGAUCUUUACAGGCUAUUAAAAAAAUAUACUGGUUUAAGAAAUUUAAUUAGAGUUCUCAAGGAGGAGUAUAAUAGUUCAAAAGUUUAUCCAUUGUUUCCUCGCUAUACAAUUUUGAAGGAUAUGAUAAAGGAUAUCAUGCACAAUCCAGAUUAUAUGGAAGUCUGUCACGAAGUUGAUCAAGCAUAGCGGCCGGACCCCCUCCACCGUUCACCACGAAUGACCUUGUAAUUUAAUUUUUGGUAACGUGGUUGGUGAAGGGGGUGUUAUAGCUAAUAUUUGAAAUUCUAAAUUUUUUUCCCCCCCUUUGUUUUAGAAAAAUUAAAAAAGGAAUUUAUAAUGCAAAAUGUUCCUUUAUUUAAGAACGAUAAAAAUUAACUUUAGUUAAAUUGUGUCAUUUAAAAAAGAUUUAUAAUAUUUCUCACAUGAUCAAAGUUUAAAAUGCAUUUUUCAUAAAAUAACAUUGAUUUCACAUUCAUUGUUUACAAAAAAAAAAAAAACAAAAAUUUAUAACGCAAAAAAAAACAAAUUUUUUAUUAAUAUUUUUAAGAACCUAGUAAAAAAUGUGGGUAUUUUACAUAAAUAGAUUUUAUGUAAUUUUCCUAUCAUUUCUAAAAAAAGAAAAAUUCAUGCAAUAAUUGCGAAAUUUUGUAAAAUCAAAAAAAAUCUAUAGGUGUAAAUUUUCAAUAUAUACCUAGAAUAAUAUGUUCAAUAAUUAUUGAUUAAGCGCAAAUAAUAAUAAAAAAAAAUAUUUGUUGAGUAAUAAAUUAUCCAUUGAUUUCUGAUUUCGAUCGGAAUAGCCGCUUGCACUUCAAAACACAAAGUAACUAUAUUUUAUAAUAAUAAUAAAAAUGAAGAAAAUCUACUGAGAAACAUAUACUUACAAGCGUUAAAAUAAUACUUUUUAAAUAUAUUUUAAUUAAAUUGUAAGUAAAUUUUAUCUCAGUACAAUAUUAACUUAUAUAUGAGAUUGUUGAUAGUAGAUAAUAAAUUAAGUGAAGAUUAAAAAUCUGAUUAUAUAAAAGGUGCUAAAAAAAAAUUAAUUAUCUUUUAUUCAUGUAAUCAGAGAAUAAAAUAUUUUAUUUUCAGUGAAUUCUAAUAAUGGUAAAAUAUAUUUUAUUUUAAUUUAAAUAAUAUGCUCCAGUGUAUUACAGAUUUUAUGUACCUAUAUAAAUAUUGAUCAAAUGCGAAUAACUUAAUAAAAAAAAUAUUUCAAUAUAUCGUAGAUAAAUUUGCGAAUUAGUUAAUUUAUUAAUAUAACUCUAAAAGGCGUGUAUAUAAAAAAAAAUACUAGUAAAUUUUACUGCAAAUUUUAAAUUCAGAUUAUUUAAAUUUCAUUCUAUUGUCACUAUAGUAUUUGAAAUGAACAUUUUUUU